AUGAUGAAACAUGCCUGGGAUAAUUAUAAGCGUUAUGCAUGGGGAUUAAAUGAACUGAAACCCAUAUCUAAGCAAGGACAUUCAAGCAAUUUAUUUGGUAACAUUCAAGGAGCAACAAUAGUGGAUGCCCUUGAUACGCUAUACAUCAUGGAAAUGAAGGAGGAGUUCAAGGAAGCCAAGGAGUGGGUUGAAAAAAACUUAGAUUUCAAUGUGAAUGCUGAAAUUUCGGUAUUUGAAGUGAACAUUCGUUUUGUCGGUGGACUGCUUUCAGCUUAUUAUCUUUCAGGAGAAGAGGUUUUCCGAAAAAAGGCAGUGGAGCUUGGAGAGAAAUUGCUACCUGCUUUCAACACUCCCACUGGGAUACCUUGGGCAUUGCUCAAUAUCAAGAGUGGAAUUGGUCGAAAUUGGCCAUGGGCCUCUGGCGGCAGCAGUAUUUUGGCAGAAUUUGGGACUUUGCAUCUGGAGUUUGUACACUUGAGCCACCUGUCUGGAAAUCCUGUCUUUGCUGAAAAGGUAAUGAAUAUUCGAAAAGUUCUAAAUCGACUGGAUAAACCAGAGGGCCUUUACCCCAACUAUCUGAAUCCCAGCAGUGGCCAAUGGGGCCAGCAUCACGUCUCCAUUGGAGGGCUUGGGGAUAGCUUUUAUGAAUAUUUGCUCAAGGCAUGGCUGAUGUCGGACAAGACAGAUGAAGAAGGCAAGAAAAUGUAUUAUGAUGCUGUUCAGGCCAUAGAGACCCACCUCAUUCGAAAAUCAAGCGGGGGGCUGACAUACAUUGCUGAGUGGAAGGGUGGACUGCUUGAACACAAGAUGGGACAUCUCACUUGUUUUGCUGGAGGCAUGUUUGCUCUAGGAGCAGACGGAGCACCUAAUGACAAGACGGGCCACCACAUCGAGCUUGGUGCUGAAAUUGCUAGGACUUGCCAUGAAUCCUAUGAUCGUACGAGCAUGAAACUGGGACCAGAAGCCUUCAGAUUUGAUGGUGGUGUUGAGGCCAUUGCUACAAGACAAAAUGAAAAAUACUACAUCCUACGACCAGAAGUCAUAGAGACCUACAUGUACAUGUGGCGGCUCACUCAUGACCCAAAGUACAGGCAGUGGGGAUGGGAAGCUGUAGAGGCACUGGAAAAACACUGCAGAGUGGAUGGUGGCUAUUCCGGCAUUAGAGAUGUUUAUAACAAUCAUGAAAGCCAUGAUGAUGUGCAGCAAAGUUUCUUCCUUUCAGAGACACUCAAGUACUUGUAUUUGCUGUUUUCUGAAGAUGAUCUUCUUCCAUUCGAACAUUGGGUCUUCAACACAGAGGCCCAUCCUCUGCCUGUUCUUCACAAAGAUGAUGGGAAUAAAGAAGAAAACCAGAAAUAGAUGAAGAUUAAGUUAUACUUUGUUUCAUUCCUUAUGUUUCUUUCCAGGACUUGGGCACAUGAUUUGGUUUUAAAUUCCUGAGUUAAGUUUUUAAAUCAAGUGUUUUGCAGUCUGUCUUCUUUAACAGUAAAUAUUUAUGAAUGGACCCAAACUAAUUAUGAUAAAACCUCAGUCCUCUAAUCCAGCUGAACCACCUCUUAGAAGAGAAAUAGGACAUCUCUCCAGAUUUUGUUAGGCUGCAGUGUCAUCUUGGCCAAAAGAGGGUCUGCAUGUUACUUGUUUCCUGUUAUGCUUUUAAUUUGACUGCAAAAUUCUUUUUCUCCUCUGUGAGGAGAUGUCUGCUUUAAGCUGUAAUAUUUUGCCAUGUUGCAAAAAGCCAUAUUGAAUUAAGUAUAAAGAGCUUUUUUCUUUCUUUUUUUUUUUGUUCUGUGUUAAUUUUUGUGUGUCAUCCAAGACAAAUCUUGUGACUGUGACAGCCUCUUCUUUAUGCGGGUCUAUCAUUACUUGGUAAAGUAGUUGAUGUAUUUCAUUGUCAAUGAAGUCUACAUAGGAAUAUUUUCAUCUCAUGCAGACACAACUCUGAAACUGCAGUAUAUGUUGAAGUUAGUCUAAACUUAGUUUUUAUGAAUUUAGCACAUUAGUUAGCAGACCUUAGUUUUUCAGGUUUUGAUUAGAAUAUUGUAAUAGAAUAAAUUGUUUGCUCCCUUUUCUAAGUGGUGUUAAUGUCAUGUCUUUAGUCAGGCUAAUAGAGAGUAAAAUAAGAUAAUCAUUUCAUAUUAAGAAAGGGAGUCUUACCUUCUUUAUGUAUUUAGUCCAGUAACUUUCAUUUGGUUGGAUGGUAAAAAGACAUAAAAAAUACUUUAUGACAUUUUCCUGGAAGCUGAGAAUUAUACCAGAGGCAAGCUGGUUUUCUGGGACUUCCCCAAACAUUCAGAUAGGUUCAGACUUGACAAUCUACAUUAAUAAAGUUAGAUGUCCAGAUGCCUUGAAGAACACUUGUCUCCUUAAAAGAUAUUCAGAGAGGAAAUUAUCCAGUGUACAACUCAAACUUUCUGAAAGCACUGAGUCCGUUUUCUUGAAGUGACGGAAACACAGUGUACUUAAAAUUACUCCCUAGAUUAGAGGCCUGGUUUACUAAGAAAGGUAACAGCUUUGCCAAAAAUACUUUACUUUGUAGCAUCACCAAAGGGAAAAAAAAAAUUAGGCACAAUUAAUUCCUGUUUCUACUUAAGUGUAGUAGUUUGGAGUGGUUUACAUGAUUAUUAAGUCUACCUAUGUUUUUAUUUAAUGACAGGAUGACUUUCAUGUAUUUUGAGUAGGGUGUAACACCUGGCUUCCUAUUCUGAGAAAGCACAUUAUUCACUAAUUUGACUGCAGCAAAACAAAUAUGGUUCUGAACAGUAAUCUUCUUUAAAGGUAUUUAUUAAGCUAGCUCACAUGUCCAGCAUAGCUAAUCAUAGCUGAGGAAGCACAUUUGUUUUAGGCAUUACAGAAUACAUUUUUUUUCUGUACUGACAGAGGUCUGCAGUGUAGUUUUUCUUAGGUAGAAGCCAAGAGCAAAGAUAACGGAUUAUAUUUUUAUAUAUAGCAGCUGGAGAGUGACCCAUAAACUUCACCCUCUGGCAUCUGUAAAGACAGCCCCUGCCUCUCUGCUUCCCCUACAGACAGAGAAGAUGGCAUGUGCCACAUGAGCCACCCAAGACACUUACUUACAUAGGGGGCAAGGGAAGAGCAUCUUCAGUGACGCUGAUCCUUCCAUCACAGGACUGGCAGAGCUGUGCGUUCGUACAUGGAAGUUAAUAGGGGUACCCUGCUGAGCCUGGGCAACCCAGAGCUGGGAGAAUGGAUACAAACAUAUGUGCAUCUGCCUCAGAUGAAGCCUGCUUACGUGGAACUGGUGCAUUGAGUCCAGACUUUUUACUUUACUGCCUUUUUUAAAUUAUUAUUAUUUUCUUUUUUAAAGUAUGGAUUCCCUCAUGCCACAGUAACCGCUUUCUGAAACUGAACGAGCAAGAAUGAAGUCUUGCUCUCCUGUUGAAAAGCAGAACUCCUGCUGAUUUUGAUACUCCAGAAUUUGUAUUGUUGGAAGACUAUAAUAUUUCAUUGUAUUUCUUCAGAAACAGUAUUUAUAAGGAGCUUUUUUCCACACAUACACCCCCACCCCAAGUAGCACAGAGAAAUUAUAGGUGUGGAAUAAAAACAAGAGUUCUCUUCCCUCUUAAACCAAAAAGUAAUAGUAAUUACUUUUAUCUGUUAUCAUUGUUGGAUCAUCUGCUGCUGCCUACCACAUGGUUGUGCAUGUGCUGCUAUAGGCCUCAUACCAGUUAAAUAACUACAGUAGCUCAGACAAAAACAGUCUUUAAGAAAUGUGUUUUGUAAGCCUCUUUUUACAUUCUUUUUCUUAACCACACUAUGCUUCCCCCAGCUGUGUCUAGUGAUCUUGCCUUUACUUAACAAGCUGAAGAGAAACAGUGGAGAAUGAGAUAGAUAGCUCUUCUCUGUGUCUCAAAAAGCAGGCUACAAACAUACAAUUCUUGUAUGCAUUGGGCCCUAUGUACUUAAAUAAUAAGCAUCAUGACUGUUUCCUUGUAAUACAGACACUUAGCAUGACUUUUUUUUUUUUUUAGUUUGGGAGUUACGAUGAUUU